UAACACGAGCGCGAGCAAUAACCGCUGAGGGUAUGAAACCCAGUUGCACAGACUGCAGCCCUGCACCUUCGUCUCAUCGGCCGUGGCGCAAUGCUUCGUCUUCCCACUCUCCUCCCCAUUAAACCCUCGACCCCGAGCACCGGCUUAAACCCCGCCCGGCGCAGCCAUGGCCACCGCCCCAAACGCUUCCUCGCCUCCUCCACCCCGCCGCCGCCGCGAAGAAUCCCCAAUCCAACCACAGCCCCGAAACCCUUGAAGCCCGAACCCAGCCCCGGCCCCCAGAAUCCUGACGUGGCAGCCGACCUCCCCACAACCAAGCCACGCAAGCCACGCCGUGGUCGCCGAGGCGAGGCGGCGGCCGUGGAGGACUUCGUCCGCGGCCGCCUCGAGCAGGUCUUCGCCUCCAUCCAGGAGCGCGACCCCGAGCUCCUCCAAGGCAAAGGCGACAUCUUGAAGCGAAAUGAGGAGGAUGAGCGGGUAUCGGAUGAGGAGGAACGAGAGGAGGCCGGAGAGGAAGAUGGGGAGCAGAAGACGGUGGUGGAGGAGGAGGACCCGAGCUGGCCACUAGACGCCGACGUCGGGUGGGGAAUCCGGGCAUCAGAGUACUUUGAUAAGCAUUCGAUCAAGAACGUAACGGUGGACGGGGUGGAGAUCGAUUGGGAAGGAGAGGUCGACCAGGGAUGGGUUAAAGAGAUCAACUGCUUGGAGUGGGAGAGCUUCGCCUUCCACCCGAGCCCCCUUAUCGUCCUAGUCUUCGAGCGCUACAACCGGGCGGCUGACAAUUGGAGAUUGCUUCAAGAAUUGGAAAAGGCUGCAAAGGUAUAUUGGAAUACAAAAGAUCGGCUACCUCCACGGACUGUGAAGAUUGAUCUGAAUAUCGAGAGAGACCUGGCAUAUGCACUUCAAGCAAAAGAAUGCCCACAAUUACUGUUUUUCAGGGGAAACAAGAUCCUAUACAGAGAAAAAGAUGUAAGGACAGCUGAUGAACUAGUUCAAAUGAUUGCCCAUUUCUACUACAAUGCUAAGAGGCCAUCCUGUGUCAAUCCUGAAGCUGUUGCUCCUUCAUUCUAAGUUCUUGGAUAGAAGUGCUGAGAUGGUGCCUUGUUCUCAACUUUGUGCUAUUAUAGCACUGCUAUUACUUUCUAGAAUGUGUCAUUAAGUUCUUAUUCUUGAAGAAGAGGCUCCUAGUUUGAUAAUUUACCUGGAUAAGAUGCCAAAAGGACAUUGUGGAUGCAAUGAUUGAAUGUCAAAAACUUGAAGUGGCAAAUGAACCACCAAACAAGAAGAUAUCAUCUCAAUGGGUGCCUAUAGUCAGUAAGGCGUGACUAAAACCAUGUAUUUUACUACUACUUAGAUAUCCAUGGAGUUUUCUGUAGUGUAAUCUAACUUAGGUUCUCAGUCUUCAGUACUGAUGUUCUAGAUAGGACGGUUAUCUGCUGCUAGCUUCCCUUGCUGAUACCUGAAUUGAUUACAUUACUGAGACUGCUACAGAUUCUGUUAGACAAUUUGAAGUUGAUAUGGAGUAAUAUUUUUACUUAAGUGCCCC